AUGACAACUAGCCCGCAGUUGAGGAGACCUGUAUCACGUCCACUGUGUUCACCUCGGGCCGGACCACGGGAUGAGGAUUAUUCCUGUUCAUCCUAUCGCGGUGAUGACAACAGUGGUCACAUCAGACUGACUCAGGAACAGCUCUGUCUACAAUCCACAUCGGAUCCGAUUGAUUUGGCUGACAGUCCAACGUUUCCGUGCAGCUCACCUCCUGGUCCGCCCUCGCCAAACCCUGGGCUGAAAGCCUCGAUUGACCCGAUCUGGUAUUGUGUGGAUCUCACCGAGACGGAUCCGGACCGGAAACAAUGCAGUUGUCAGAGAUUUCGCGGACCAGUCGAAUCACUGACUGAGACCGGUCUGAAAGCGGAUAUUCACUGUGGCGAUUCGGAUGAUGGGAACACGACUACCACCGGUUGGACCCGAGCCCAGAGUUGGUCUAUUGACCCGCGAGUGGAUUAUGAGAUCACCAGUACUGUGACUAAACCGAACACUGCAGGCAAUGAAUUGGCAAAAGAAAUCCGCAAGUGA